AUGGAUGGGCCUCUGAUCAUUCCCAUUACUGUAACUGGAAAGCCACGAAAAGGGUUUAUGUCCUUAUUGUCACUUACAGAGCAUAGCGAGAGGAUGAUGGGGAUUGGAGAGUCUGGUGAUGAUAGAAUUAGCCAGCUUCCUGAAAAUGUGAUACAUCACAUUCUAAUGCUGCUACCAAUAAAAGAUGCAGCAAGAACAGCUUUCAUGUCAACAAUAUGGAGGCGUCAUUGGAGAAGUAUUCCUCGACUUGUGUUCGAUGAUGGUUUUGCUCGUAUCACUGAACCGAGUAUGAUGGACAAGUUAAUUCUGAAGAUUUACAAAUCUCUACUGGUUCAUGAUGGGCCAAUCUCGAAGUUUGUGCUUGCCGUUCCUGGAUUAACCCCCUGCGAUGAGCUUGAUCACAUCAUUUUUCAUCUUUCUGGCAGAGGUGUCCAAGAAUUUACCCUUGUGCUUUCUAGUGGAGUCGGUCAUAUUUACAAGCUUCCUUCAUCGUUGUUUACUACUCGGCUGAAUUGUUUGAAACUGGAAGGUUGUUUGUUUAUGGUACCACCUUGGUUUGUGGGGUUUGGUAAGCUUACAGAACUUGAACUAUUUAGAGUAAACUUGCCAUCUGAUUUCUUUGGGAGUUUCCUUCCAAAGUGCCCAUUGCUUCGAGAUUUGAGACUGUUCCUCUGUGAAGGUCCUACAAAUCUUGAACUAGAUGCUCCAAGACUCGUUGUGUUCUUCUUUGCAAGGGUUCUUUUGCAGAAACUGUUCUUCAAGCGUACUCCACUUCUGUCAGUUCUUAGUCUUUAUGUAGACGUCUUCCAAAAGCCUAAUGUGGUAGAUUUAUUUGCUUCGCUGCCAGCACUCCGGCAUUUGCACAUACUACCAGCUUUCCUGCGAGUACUUGCUAAUGGAGGUCAUAUCCCUAGCAGGUUUCCUAAGCCUCUUUAUCGAUUGCAACUCCUCCGUGUGUCUGGUCUUCUCUUGGCUAGUUUGGAGAUGCAGCGUGUUCUUGCUUGUAUCAUCAUGAGCUCCCCCAACUUGCACACCCUUAUGAUCCAGCUGGAUACCAUCGUACUAAAUGAGCCUAGAAACAAUGAUGCAGUCACAAGCAUAAGAAGCUUGUUGAGCGCAGAGGAUAGCCAUGGUUCUGAUUUUUCGUUGCAGCAUCUUAAGGUGUUCAAAAUCAAUGAUAGUCUGGGGACGCAGGUUGAGAUGGAGCUGGUGAGGCUCAUACUUGCCACAGCCCCGCUGCUUUUGAGGAUUCAAAUUCAGCCUUAUCAUCUACUGAGCUCUAAAAAGGUUACCAAAUUUAUGAAGGAGGUGAUGCAAUAUAAGCGUAUAUCUAAAGAGGCAGAGAUCAUAUAUGUAUGGAACGACGAGGAGGAUUGA